AAUUCAAAUGUAAUGAAAUUCUGUUUCCAUAGACCCCAAUGCUAACCCGUCGUCUAUAGAAGACCGGAUUAGCCAGGAGGCUAGUGAGCUGGAGAAAAGACUCAGCAUGCUGUCCAUUUGUAGUCACCACAGCAGUGCAGCCUCCACCUUCAGUUAUGGCGCCUCUUUGGCAGGAGAUGAUCGAAGUAUCUCCAGCUCGUCCUCUGAGGCCAGCCAUUCUGAUAACAGCUUGGGCAGCCGCCUGGCGAUCUGGCCGGAGCCAGUCAGACACCCCACCCCUGUCGAACCACCACCGCCACCACCAUCAUCAUCAUCAUCAUCUCAUUUAUUGGUUACAGGAUGUAAAAGCACAGCCUGUUCAGUCAGUACGUCCAGUGACGAGCGCAUAUAUGGAGUUAUGAUGGGUGGACUUCGCCCCCCGUCCAAACCCCCUCACCCUAGGGGCCUUCAGGAGGCGGGACGGCAGAGCUCCACAGACAGCGGCAUCGCCACCGGAAGCCACUCCUCAUAUUCGGGAAGCUUCUCCUCUUACACUGGGAGCAUGGAUAUUGGCCAUGGAGAGACUGACGAGUUUGGAUCCUUAAUAAGCCUUCCUCAAAACCCCAAUUCAGUCUCUAUUAUAAACACUCCAGUAAGGACAGUUCCCCAGAUUCCUGAGGACAACCCAUGUGUGUGUUCUCUCCGAGAGGCUGAUCAAACACAGGCCAACGUAUACACAAGUUCACCUCUGCAGCAUUACGAUGUCCCUCGCAGGUUCCUACAACACAAUCAGGAGCAGUGUUCCACUGGUGUGGUUCAGGACAGAGGGUCUGAAUGUGGAGCGGAGAGUGUCCCUGCUGACAACGUCAUAAGACAGACUGUCCUGAGGAGAUUGAACUCUUGUGGAGUAGACGCAGUGCCACCUGAAGGUCCCACCACAACACGCUUACAACCCAUCAUCUGUCCUGACUGUGGCGGACGAAAGGUGGAAGAGAAAAGCCGUUCUGAGCAGCAGAAGACUGAUGCAGAUCCAAAAGGCAAUUAUGAACAGAUGGCAUUGAUGAGUGAUUUGUCCAGGUGGACACAGUUCAGAGCCGGAGAGUAUGGAGAGACCGGACUGACAGUCACUGACAGAGCUCAAGGUGAUUCUGUAAACUAUGUCAACAUCCCCAUCAGUCCUACAUCUAAACGACAGCUGCACUAUAUGGAGCUGGAUCUGCAGGACCGUCCUGAAUCAAGCCACACUAUCAGAGCGGCUGGCUCCAGCACUAAAUAUGCCCACAUUGACAUCACUGCGACAGAGACGGCACAGAGGGUUGGUGCCCAGCAUGCACAGGGCAGAGAGGACAGACUGCUGGAACUAGAGCACAAGAGGAGAGGAACACUCACAUAAACACACAAAGUAUUUUAAUAUGAUGAGGAUUUUUCUCUCCAUUCAAGCCCAGAAAUAUUUGUAUUUUUUACUGUAGAGAUUUAAGGGGGGAGAUGAUUCUUUUAAUUUCUUCUUUUGACAUUUGGAUUUUAAUAAUAAAUAAACUUUAAAAAGAUAAAAGCAUAGAUCUAGUAUAGAAUAUUUAACCUGCAGCCAUGUACCUGGAAAUGUGGCACCACUUUUCAUUUUUUUACAUUUAAAAAUAUUCUUGAUGUCUUUUUUUUAAAUUCUGUCAAAAUUGUUUGCAGAUUUAAUUUUUUUUCUCUCAAACUUCCAUGAAACAGAUCAUCAGCUUUUAAACACAUUUUCAAACCCUGAUCUACAGAAAACAGUUAUUUUAUAAGAAAUUCAUUCUUCAGGCAUUUUUUCUUAAAUGUUUUUACUCAUUGUGAUGCUAAAAUAUGUAAGUUAAAUGCAAAAUAUAAUCGCUUUUAUAAGUGAUCUCUUUAUGGUUCACUAUAUAUAUAUAUGUGGUCUUCAGUGAGUAACCAGUCUUGGGCUGCAGGGUGAUAUGACUGUGACACUUUAGUCGGGGG